AUGGUGCUCGGUGUGACAGAACAACAAAACAAAAAGCCAACAAAAUACUGUAUGAAGAAAUACGAAAGUAAGUAUGAGAACUCGGAGAAGACUAAGAGAAGAAGUAAAGUUGAGCUACCUCUUGUAGCAACAGAUACAACAUAUUUAAAUCGAGAUUUUGAAUCUGCUUUCAUUUUAUGA